AUGGCCUCGGAGGUGGUGUGCGGGCUCGUCUUCAGGCUGCUGCUGCCAAUCUGCCUGGCAGUAGCGUGUGCAUUCCGCUACAAUGGGCUCUCCUUUGUCUACCUGGUCUACCUCUUACUCAUCCCUCUGUUCUCAGAACCAACAAAAGCCACAAUGCAAGGCCACACAGGACGGUUGCUGAAGUCGCUGUGCCUCACCAGCUUCUCCUUCCUGGUACUGCACAUCAUUUUCCACAUCACCUUGGCCAGCCUUGAAGCCCAGCACCGCAUCGCGCCUGGUUAUAACUGCUCAACUUGGGAAAAGACAUUCCGGCAGAUUGGCUUUGAAAGCUUAAAAGGAGCCGACGCUGGCAACGGGAUCCGCGUGUUUGUACCUGAUAUUGGCAUGUUCCUUGCCAGCCUCACCAUCUGGCUCAUCUGCAGGAAUAUUGUUCAGAAACCAGUGACAGAAGAAGCAGCACAGGUUAACCCCGAGUUUGACAAUGAAGAAUUGACUGGAGGAGAGAAAGUGGACCCAGAAGAGGCGCUCAUCUAUGACGAGGACUUUGAUGGAGGAGAUGGCGCGGAGGGGGAGCUGGAGGAGAGCGCCAGGCUGAAGCUGUUCCGCAGGUUCGCCUCCGCGGCGUCCCGGCUCAAGGAGUUCAUCGGCAACAUGAUAACCACCGCAGGAAAAGUCGUGGUGACCAUCUUACUGGGCUCCUCGGGUAUGAUGCUGCCGUCUCUGACGUCAUCUGUGUAUUUCUUCGUGUUUCUGGGACUGUGCACGUGGUGGUCCUGGUGCCGGACAUUCGACCCGUUGCUGUUCAGCUGUCUCUGUGUCCUGCUGGCCAUUUUCACUGCUGGACACCUGAUUGGACUGUAUUUAUACCAGUUCCAGUUUUUCCAGGAAGCGGUUCCACCCAAUGACUACUACGCAAGGUUGUUUGGCAUCAAAUCAGUCAUUCAAACAGACUGUUCCAGUACUUGGAAAAUCAUAGUAAACCCAGAACUGUCGUGGUACCACCAUGCCAACCCCAUCCUCCUGCUUGUAAUGUACUACACCCUGGCCACACUCAUCCGAAUCUGGCUCCAAGAACCCCUGGUACAGGACGACAAGCCCAAGGAAGAAGACAGAGCCCUGGCCUGUAGCCCCGUCCAGAUCACAGCCGAGAGGAGGCGGAGCCUGUGGUACGCCACCCAUUACCCAACUGAUGAGAGAAAACUUUUAUCCAUGACCCACGAUGACUACAAGCCAUCUGAUGGCCUGCUGGUGACGGUGAAUGGCAACCCAGUGGAUUACCACACCAUCCACCCUAGCCUGCCCGUGGAGAACGGCCCCGCCAAGGCUGACCUGUACUCAACGCCCCAGUACCGCUGGCAGCCCUCGGGUGAAUCCUCAGAAAAGAAAGAUGAAGAUGAGGAUGAGAAAGAAGAAUUUGAAGAGGAAAGAAGCUGUGAGGAAAAGAGAAGCGUGAAAGUCCACGCCAUGGUCUCCGUAUUCCAGUUUAUCAUGAAGCAGAGCUACAUCUGCGCCCUCAUCGCAAUGAUGGCUUGGAGCAUUACUUACCACAGCUGGCUGACUUUUGUGCUGCUCAUUUGGUCAUGUACUCUGUGGAUGAUUCGCAACCGGAGGAAAUACGCCAUGAUCAGCUCUCCUUUCAUGGUGGUGUAUGGAAAUCUACUGCUGGUGUUGCAAUACAUAUGGAGCUUCGAACUUCCAGAAAUUAAAAAGGUCCCAGGAUUUUUGGAAAAGAAAGAGCCAGGAGAACUUGCUUCGAAGAUUCUCUUCACCAUCACCUUCUGGCUUCUGUUAAGACAGCACCUCACAGAGCAGAAGGCCCUUCAGGAGAAGGAAGCCCUUUUAUCAGAAGUCAAAAUUGGAAGUGAGGAAAAUGAAGACAAAGAUGAGGAUCUUCACCACCUUCCUGUGGAAGGGGAGCCCCAGGCCAAGGAGGAAGAUGAGGAAGCAAAGGAGGAGAAACCCGAGAGAAGAAAGGAGGUGGAGGAGGAGGAGGUGGAGGAGGACGACGAGCAGGACAUCAUGAAGGUGCUGGGCAACCUGGUGGUGGCCAUGUUCAUCAAGUACUGGAUCUACGUGUGCGGGGGCAUGUUCUUCUUCGUGAGCUUCGAGGGGAAGAUUGUCAUGUACAAGAUCAUCUACAUGGUGCUCUUCCUCUUCUGCGUGGCCUUGUACCAGGUGCACUACGAAUGGUGGAGGAAAAUUCUGAAGUAUUUUUGGAUGUCGGUGGUUAUUUACACCAUGCUGGUGCUGAUCUUUAUAUAUACAUAUCAGUUUGAAAACUUCCCAGGCCUGUGGCAAAAUAUGACUGGAUUGAAAAAAGAAAAGCUGGAGGACCUUGGCUUGAAGCAGUUCACGGUGGCUGAGCUGUUCACGCGUAUAUUCAUCCCGACCUCUUUCCUCCUGGUGUGCAUCCUACACCUUCACUAUUUCCAUGACCGCUUCCUUGAACUCACAGACCUCAAGGCCAUCCCCAGCAAGGAAGACAACACCAUCUACAGCCAUGCCAAAGUCAAUGGGCGUGUGUAUCUCAUGAUCAAUAGCAUCAAGAAAAAAUUACCAAUCCACCAAAAUGAAUUGGCCCACCCUGAAGGGAGCCUUCCAGACCUCGCGGCAAUGAACCUCACUGCAGGCCUGGAGAAACCGGAAGUGAAGAAGUUGACCGAGGCCGCAAAGGAGAAAGCAGAGGGGUUCUCCGAGAAGGCUGAGCUUGGGAAUGACAGCGAGGGCUCUGAAGAGGACGGAGAUGAGGAGUCUGAGGAGGAGGGAGAAACAUCAGAUCUUAGGAACAAAUGGCACCUGGUGAUCGACCGCCUCACUGUGCUCUUCCUGAAAUUCCUGGAGUAUUUUCAUAAGCUGCAGGUGUUCAUGUGGUGGAUCCUGGAGCUGCACAUCAUCAAGAUCGUGUCAUCCUACAUCAUCUGGGUUGCUGUGAAAGAGGUGUCUCUGUUCAACUACGUAUUUUUGAUUUCCUGGGCAUUUGCUCUGCCGUAUGCCAAGCUCCGCCGCCUGGCUUCCAGCGUCUGCACUGUCUGGACAUGUGUGAUCAUCGUCUGCAAGAUGUUGUACCAGCUUCAGACCAUUAAGCCUGAGAACUUUUCUGUUAACUGUUCCCUGCCAAAUGAAAAUCAAACGAAUAUACCCCUUGCAGAGCUGAACAAGUCUCUUCUCUACAGUGCUCCUAUUGAUCCGACAGAGUGGGUUGGCCUCAGGAAGUCUUCUCCUUUGCUUGUGUAUCUGAGGAACAAUCUGCUAAUGCUGGCUAUUCUGGCCUUUGAAGUCACCAUCUAUCGCCAUCAGGAAUACUACCGGGGUCGAAACAAACUCACAGCUCCCGUGUCUAAGACAAUCUUCCAUGACAUCACAAGACUCCACCUAGACGACGGGCUGGUUAACUGUGCCAAGUAUUUCAUCAAUUACUUCUUCUACAAAUUUGGUCUGGAGACCUGUUUCCUAAUGUCAGUGAACGUGAUUGGUCAGCGGAUGGAUUUCUAUGCCAUGAUCCACGCCUGCUGGCUCAUUGCAGUCUUGUACCGCCGCAGAAGGAAAGCCAUCGCAGAGAUCUGGCCCAAAUACUGCUGCUUCCUGGCUUGCAUCAUCACCUUCCAGUACUUCAUCUGCGUCGGCAUCCCUCCUUCGCCCUGCAGAGAUUACCCAUGGAGGUUCAAGGGUGCCAACUUCAAUGAUAACAUCAUCAAGUGGCUGUACUUUCCAGACUUCAUUGUGAGGCCCAACCCCGUGUUCCUUGUCUAUGACUUCAUGCUGCUCCUCUGUGCCUCCCUGCAAAGGCAGAUAUUUGAGGAUGAAAAUAAAGCUGCCGUGCGAAUCCUGGCUGGGGACAAUGUUGAGAUCUGCAUGAACCUUGAUGCGGCCUCCUUCAGCCAGCAUAACCCCGUGCCAGACUUCAUUCACUGCAGGUCUUACUUAGACAUGUCCAAAGUAGUCAUCUUCAGCUACCUCUUCUGGUUCGUCUUGACGAUCAUCUUCAUCACGGGCACGACCCGAAUCAGCAUCUUCUGCAUGGGCUACCUGGUGGCCUGUUUCUACUUCCUGCUCUUCGGGGGUGACUUGCUGCUGAAGCCCAUCAGGAGCAUCCUGCGUUACUGGGACUGGCUGAUCGCCUACAACGUCUUCGUGAUCACCAUGAAAAACAUCCUGUCGAUAGGAGCUUGUGGGUACAUUGGAACGCUAGUGAAAAACAGCUGCUGGUUGAUCCAAGCUUUCAGCCUGGCCUGCACAGUCAAAGGCUAUAAAAUGCCUGAUGACGACUCCUCCUGCAAGCUGCCCAGUGGGGAAGCGGGAAUUAUCUGGGACAGCAUCUGCUUUGCCUUCCUCCUACUGCAAAGGAGAGUGUUCAUGAGUUAUUACUUCCUGCACGUCGUGGCUGACAUAAAAGCCUCCCAGAUCCUGGCGUCGAGAGGGGCUGAACUUUUCCAGGCCACAAUUGUAAAAGCUGUCAAGGCAAGAAUCGAGGAAGAGAAAAAAUCCAUGGAUCAGCUAAAAAGACAGAUGGAUCGCAUAAAGGCCAGGCAACAGAAAUACAAAAAGGGUAAGGAGAGGAUGCUGAGCUUGACCCAGGAAUCGGGGGAAGGCCAGGACAUCCAAAAGCUCUCUGAAGAAGAUGAUGAAAGAGAAGCAGACAAACAGAAAGCCAAGGGCAAAAAAAAGCAGUGGUGGCGGCCUUGGGUUGAUCAUGCUUCCAUGGUCAGGAGUGGAGAUUAUUAUUUGUUUGAAACGGAUAGUGAAGAAGAGGAAGAGGAAGAACUGAAAAAGGAAGAUGAAGAACCUCCACGGAAGUCAGCAUUCCAGAGAGCUAUUGGGAAGUUUGCAUCAGCCAUUUUAGCCUUGCCAAAGUCUGUCAUUAAACUUCCCAAAACUAUUCUUCAGUAUUUAAUCAGAGCUGCAAAGUUUGUCUACCAAGCCUGGAUUACUGAUCCUAAAACAGCCCUGCGACAGAGGCGUAAAGAGAAGAGAUCCGCGCGAGAAGAGCAGGCGCAAAGGCGGAAAGCCUCAGGGGACGGUCCCGUGGAGUGGGAAGACCGAGAGGAUGAGCCCAUCAAAAAGAAGUCUGAUGGCCCAGACAACAUCAUCAAAAGGAUAUUCAACAUCUUGAAGUUCACCUGGGUGCUGUUUCUGGCGACUGUGGACAGCUUCACCACGUGGCUCAACUCCAUUUCCAGGGAGCACAUUGACAUAUCGACGGUCCUGAGGAUUGAGAGGUGCAUGCUGACCAGGGAAAUUAAGAAGGGCAACGUUCCGACGCGGGAGAGCAUCCACAUGUACUACCAGAACCACAUCAUGAACCUUUCCAGAGAGUCGGGCCUGGACUCCAUCGACCAGCGUCCCGGAGCUGCCUCGGGGACACAGCCAGCACACAGGGCUGACAGCUUGGACUCACAUGACAGCAUCUCCAGCUGCUACACUGAAGCAACCAUGCUGUUCUCAAGGCAGUCUACCCUUGAUGAUUUAGAUGGAUCAGACACGGUUCCCAAAACAAGCGAGCGCGCACGGCCUAGGCUCCGUAAAGUGUUCAGCAUGGAUAUGUCCUCCUCAUCUGCUGACAGUGGCAGUUUAGCAUCAAGCGAGCCCACACAGUGCACCAUGCUGUACUCACGCCAGGGGACCACAGAAACCAUAGAAGAGGUGGAGGCUGAGCAGGAGGAGGAGGUGCUGGGUGUGGUGCCCCAGCCCGGAGAUGAGGAUGAAGAAGAGAGAGAGGAGGAAAUGGAGUUUGCCGUGGGGGUGGAGGACGCCAGCCUCACCCCAGAGGAGGAGCUGCCACAGUUCUGUGUGGAGGAUGGGGAUGUGGAGGCCCCACCCUCCUACAGCAAGGCUGUCAGCUUUGAGCACCUGUCCUUCGGCUCACAGGAUGACGACGGGGCCAAAAACCACAUGGUGGUGAGCCCCGAUGACAGCCGCACAGACAAGCUGGAAUCCAGCAUCCUGCCUGCCCUGACUCAUGAGCUGACUGCCAGCGAGCUGCUGCUCAACAAGAUGUUUCAUGACGACGAGCUUGAAGAGUCGGAGAAGUUCUACGUGCACCAGCCCCGCUUCCUGCUGCUGUUCUAUGCCAUGUACAACACGUUGGUGGCACGCUCGGAAAUGGUGUGCUACUUCGUCAUCAUCCUCAACCACAUGGUCUCCGCCUCCAUGAUCACCCUGCUGCUGCCCAUCCUCAUCUUCCUCUGGGCCAUGCUGUCUGUGCCCAGGCCCAGCCGUCGCUUCUGGAUGAUGGCCAUCGUCUACACCGAGGUGGCAAUUGUAGUCAAGUAUUUCUUCCAGUUUGGGUUCUUUCCAUGGAAUAAGAAUGUGGAAUUGUACAAAGAUAAACCUUACCACCCCCCAAAUAUCAUAGGAGUGGAAAAGAAGGAAGGUUAUGUACUUUACGACCUCAUUCAGCUCCUGGCUCUGUUCUUCCAUCGCUCCAUACUGAAGUGCCACGGCCUAUGGGAUGAAGAUGACAUUGUUGAGAGUGCCACGGACAAGGACGAGUCUGACAAUGAGCUCUCCAUGGGUACUGGGAGAAGGGACUCCUGCGACUCACUCAAGUCCAUCAACCUGGCCGCUUCGGUGGAGUCAGUGCACGUGACCUUCCCGGAGCAGCAGGUGGCUGUCCACAGGAAACGCUCUGGCGGCAGCUCCCAGAUCUCCCCAACGUCCAGCUUUUCUUCAAACAGGUCCAGAAGAGGAAGUACAAGCACCCGCAACAGCAGUCAAAAAGGCAGCAGUGUCUUGAGCGUUAAGCAAAAAAGUAAAAGGGAACUCUACAUGGAAAAACUGCAGGAACACUUAACCAAAGCCAAAGCGUUUACCAUAAAGAAGACGCUGCAAAUAUAUGUGCCCAUCAGACAGUUCUUCUAUGACCUCAUCCAUCCCGACUACAGUGCAGUGACAGAUGUCUAUGUGCUCAUGUUCCUGGCAGACACCGUGGACUUCAUCAUCAUUGUCUUCGGGUUUUGGGCCUUUGGGAAACACUCCGCAGCGGCUGACAUCACCUCGUCUCUGUCGGAGGACCAGGUCCCAGGACCCUUCUUGGUGAUGGUCCUGAUUCAGUUUGGAACCAUGGUGGUGGACCGAGCGCUCUACCUUCGGAAGACCGUGUUGGGCAAAGUCAUUUUCCAGGUCAUCCUGGUGUUUGGAAUUCACUUCUGGAUGUUCUUCAUCUUGCCUGGUGUGACUGAGAGGAAAUUCAGCCAGAACCUGGUGGCCCAGUUGUGGUAUUUUGUGAAAUGUGUCUACUUUGGAUUGUCUGCUUAUCAAAUCCGGUGUGGCUACCCAACACGCGUGCUUGGAAACUUCCUCACCAAGAGCUACAACUACGUCAAUCUCUUCCUUUUUCAGGGGUUCCGCCUCGUGCCGUUUCUGACAGAGCUGCGGGCAGUAAUGGACUGGGUAUGGACAGAUACAACCCUGAGCCUCUCCAGCUGGAUCUGCGUGGAGGACAUCUACGCUCACAUCUUCAUCCUCAAAUGCUGGCGGGAAUCAGAAAAGAGGUAUCCGCAGCCCCGGGGCCAGAAGAAGAAGAAGGUGGUGAAGUAUGGCAUGGGGGGCAUGAUCAUCGUCCUGCUCAUCUGCAUCGUCUGGUUCCCUCUGCUCUUCAUGUCGCUGAUCAAAUCUGUCGCUGGGGUCAUCAACCAGCCCCUGGAUGUGUCUGUCACAAUCACCCUGGGAGGAUAUCAGCCUAUUUUCACCAUGAGUGCCCAGCAAAGCCAACUGAAAGUGAUGGACCAGCCAACAUUUGGCAGAUUUACACAAGCUUUCUCUAGGGACACCGGUGCUAUGCAAUUUCUGGAGAAUUAUGAAAGAGAAGAUAUAACAGUCGCAGAACUGGAAGGCAACUCCAAUUCUUUGUGGACCAUCAGCCCACCCAGUAAGCGCAAAAUGAUAGAAGAACUCAUGGACACCAAGAGCGACUUCUCUGUCGUUUUUUCGUGGAGUAUUCAGAGAAACAUGAGUCUGGGUGCAAAAGCAGAAAUAGCAACAGAUAAGCUUUCCUUUACUCUCUCAAAUAUUACACGAGAGAAUAUAGCUAAAAUGAUAGCCGGCAACAACUCAGAGAGUUCAAAAACACCCGUGAUAAUAGAAAAGAUCUACCCAUAUUAUGUGAAAGCACCAAGUGAUUCUAAUUCGAAACCCAUAAAGCAACUUUUAUCUGAAAGUAAUUUCAUGAAUAUAACCAUCAUUUUGUCCAGAGAUAACACAAGUAAAUCCAACAGUGAAUGGUGGGUUCUCAACCUGACAGGAAAUCGAAUCUAUGAGCAGCAGUCCCAGGCCUUGGAGUUGGUGGUCUUCAACGACAAAGUCAGUCCCCCCAGUCUGGGGUUCCUGGCUGGCUAUGGUAUCAUGGGAUUGUACGCCUCAGUGGUCCUGGUGAUUGGGAAGUUUGUCCGUGAGUUCUUCAGCGGAAUUUCUCACUCCAUCAUGUUUGAAGAGCUGCCGAAUGUGGAUCGAAUUCUGAAGUUAUGCACAGAUAUUUUUUUAGUCCGAGAGACAGGGGAACUGGAACUAGAAGAAGAUCUUUAUGCCAAAUUAAUAUUCCUGUACCGUUCACCAGAAACGAUGAUCAAAUGGACCAGAGAGAAAACAAACUGAUACCUUAGGACCCAGGCUGCAAAGAAAGCUAACAUUUGAAAUUUUUUUUUAAAGAAAAAAAAAAGCACAAUAUUCUCCUAAGAGCUAAGCAUUUCUCGUUCGACAGAAAUGGCUUCUCUUCUGACAGGUGGCAGAAAGGACCUGACUUGUUUUUGCAGUAGAAAGUUACCAUGCAAGUGAGGACAACAGGGAAGAAGUUCCUUCUAAUUCCGUGUCUCUGAAAUCAGGGCUACUUGCUUUAUGUUUUAGUCAAUUGCGUCUUGCAUCCUGAUUGACGACGUGAAGGAAUCACGUGGUGUCCACUGAGAGGAUGGACGAGAGAAAGGCGCCCCCCUGCGGGCGGGAUGAGGCCUGCAGCUCUCCUGUACCUGGGGAGGCUUGAGGCCAAGAGAUUGGGAGAGCCCUCAGCACGCUCCAAAUACUAAACAGCAAUAGGAAGCAGAAAACUCCCCACCCUGUGUCUAGCAUGGGGAGAACGAGAGGGAAUGAACAAAGCCUCAAAGAUGUCCCUGGAGAGAUAUGCCUCAUUCUAAGCAAAAAGAUAACAUUAGCGAUAUCCUUACUGCCUUAUCGUAACUGAAGACUAUGAAGAAAUCUUUCCAUUAAACACCAGUCACUUCUCAGGAAAACAUUGAAAGCAGCAAAGCAGCUGUGUGGACCCGUGCUUAGCUGAGGCCCGGAAGUGGCUCCAUUGUGCUUCAGUGUCUGCCCUUCCUAGAAACAGACUUGGGACAGAACACCCUGAAGGCCAACCCAGAUGGAGUUGGACUCCUCUGACUUUGGAACUCUUGCAUAACUAAGGUCGUGAUGGCUCUUGUGCCGUUUCCCAUUCCCCAACAUGCUUCCUCCCAUUUCCAUCACUUAAGGCAAUGAUUUUUUCCAGUAUGUGACAUUCUCCUUCCUGUUUUUCAGGUGUAUCAAAGAGUUUACAUGUUCCAACUCACAUUUUUACAAAUCUGAGACGGGUUUUUUAAGUUCAUAAUUAUGGAAGAAAUAUGUAUAUUGAGCUUGGGGAAAUAAAAAUGGCCUUUUCUUAAAUUAUUAUUACUGGUAAUACAACCUCUUCAUUAAAUGACAUUGUAGCAUGACAAAAAAAAAUUAGGAUUGAAAUGUAGUUUUCAUUCCAUAUUAAAAUGCAGUUUCUGAGAAAAAGCAUUGAAUAAGCUAGAAUAUGUCAAAAAAAAAAUCAUCCUGCAUAGUUUGGGUUCAGGGCUGACUUAAAAUAAAGCACAUCUUGC